AUUCAACUUUUGUCACUUCUAACACAGCCGACUGUUUUCAGCUUGUCACUUGGCUUUCUGCUAUACCACCCUGUCAUGCCGGUGUUUAAAUCGACUUCGCCAUUAGGGACAAGAAAAGCCCAAUUGUCGCUUAGGUUUUUUGUGAAUUCAGGUCUCUUGCCUGUUCUUCUGAUUCAGAUUGGAUUGUUGGCACGUGAAGGCGACAAUCAACAAUUUACUACCCUGUUGGACGCAUUUGUGUUCGACGCGGCAACUAAAGAUGAUCCUGAUUCUGGCAAAUCUAUGCGUCAACUUGUGGAGAAUAAAGGGUACCCGUUUGAAGAGCAUCGGAUAGUUACCGCUGAUGGCUACGUGCUGAUCACGCAUCGAAUUCCACAUGGACGACAAACUCCUUUUAUCCAGGAGACAAACAAGAAAGUUGUUUUCCUUCCGGCUCCGUUGUUCUGUUCCUCUACAUUUUAUGUCGACGACCUAGCAAAUAACUCGAUUGGUUAUAUAUUUGCCGAUCAGGGUUUCGACGUCUGGCUGGGCAAUACCAGGGGGAAUGCAUUUGGAAUGGAGACUCUUAAUAGAGGACGAGUACAAUCGGUGAAAGAUAAGGAGUUUUAUAACUAUACAUUGGUGGAACAUGGUAUAUUUGAUGUGGCUGCACAGAUAGAUUACAUACUUCAAGUAACGGGCGCUAAGAACGUGUCCUAUUUUGGUCAUUCACAGGGCGCUGCUUCCGGUUUCGCACUGCUAUCAAAACGGCCUGCUUAUAACUCAAAGAUCUCAGCCCUCGCUUCUUUAGGAGGCUUUCGUACAUUCGGCUGCAAUUUUGAUGAUCCCUUUCUCAAAUCACUCUGGCGAUCUGUAAAAGCAUUUGUUAAAACGAUGCGUCAAUUUACUGAGGAAUUUGGAUGGUCUACAAUUAAUCAACUCUGUAGGAGCAACUGGCCUGCCUGCAGACAUCUUCUCACUACUGUGAUAUAUGGAGAUGAUAAUCACUCUAAUAUUACACGAAUACCAAUUUAUCUGGAGCACUACCCGCAAUCAUCUUCAAUGAAAAAUCUCAUCUAUUAUACUCAGAUGCAGGAAGUCGCUUGUUUAGGCGAAAAGCGCGUAUUCGAGUUUAAUUAUGACGAGCUCUUUUACGGAGAUGAGGUAUUACUCCACGACCCGGCAGUUCAAUUCUAUGGACACAACCAAGAGGUGUACGGCGAUAUAAGGCCGCCCGUUUUAUCAACUGAAAAUAUUCGCGUACCGGUAAAAGUCUACUAUUCAGAUGGAGAUACGCUAAUUACAACUAACAAUCAAAAAGCCUUAAUUGCUUCCCUGCCUAACGUAGUAGGCGAAUAUCAUAUCCGCGAUAAAGGAUUCGUUCACGGAAGCUUCGCUCACUCACCAUACAACAUGACCCAUGUUUACGAUACUAUUCAAUUCUUUAAUGAAUUUUUUCUAUGA